AUGGAGGUUGCCAACGGUGGCUCUUCGGCCCAGAGCCAGAAUGGCUCAUCUGAAAGCAACACCGGAUACAAACUCAAGUUUUGCACUGUCUGUGCUAGUAACAACAAUCGCUCCAUGGAAGCUCAUCUACGGCUAUCGCAGGCUGACUAUCCUGUCAUUUCCUUCGGCACCGGUUCUCUCGUCCGCCUGCCUGGGCCUACCGUUACCCAACCUAAUGUGUAUCACUUUAACAAAACUUCUUAUGACAGUAUGUUCAAGGAGCUUGAAUCCAAGGAUGCUCGGCUGUAUAGGAACAACGGCAUCCUUAACAUGUUAAACCGUAACCGUGGCGUCAAAUGGGGCCCAGAACGCUGGCAAGACUGGCAAGUUGGUGUACCUCGCCUGCAGCAUGCUAAGGACCGUGGCAGCGAGGGUACCGAAGGUGGUCUAGUCGAUGUUGUCAUCACCUGUGAAGAGCGAUGCUGGGAUGCUGUUGUCGAUGAUCUCCUUAACAGGGGGUCACCGCUCAACCGACCUGUCCAUGUCAUCAAUGUCGAGAUUAAGGAUAACCACGAAGAGGCCGCCAUUGGUGGGCAGGGUAUCUUGGAUCUUGCGAACUCUCUCAACGCGGCUGCUCGUGAAGAGCGUGACGCUGUUGGUGCUUCGUCCUUUGACAAUGGUUCUGCCUCAAGCAGAGCCUCCUUUGAUGAGCGAGUACCUGAUAUUCUGGCUUCAUGGCAGGAAAGAUGGCCCAAACUGCCAGCGACCUGGACCGUGGCUUGGUUCUAA